AUAAACCAAUCACUAAAUCCACAAAUCCUAACAUUAAAUGCAGAGGAAAUUGAUUUGAUUGAUGGCAACAUUACCGCACGCGCACCAUAUCCAGAGCUAAACAUCAAAAUUAGACGAAACGGACAGUUUGUCGAUACGGCACUUAAUGUACAACCGGGAACUCCUCUGGAAAUUAUUAUAUAUUUAGAUGAAGAGUCUCGUCAUGUUUACGGACUUUUGGUCAGUUUCCUUAAGGUUACGGCAAUUACACCUAAUAAUGUCACUCAGGAAGAAGUUAUUAUACUUAAUGGCUGUUCAAUAGAUCCAUAUAUUUUUGGUAAUUUUGAGACUCUUGAUGGCGGAGAUUCAGUUUCGGCUAAAUUCAGAGCAUUUAAAUUUCCUGAAUCUAAUUAUGUCAAGUUUGUCGGUACUGUUAAUGUUUGCCUUAAUCAAUGCAAAGCUGUUACGUGUGGUAACGGUCAGUGGGGUUUAGGUAGAAGACGUCGAUCAGUCGGUUCGGAUCCCAAUAAAGUAAUGGAAGCAGAAUUCUCUACAAUUCUUACCGUUAAAUCCUCGCCAUAUAAUUGGCAAUUCAUUAACAUUAAGAAAAACACGAUGUUUUCAAAUACUUGA